CUGCUCAUGUAAUCUGAUUUGAUUACAUUUUUUUAAUCUGCAGACAACAAAUGUCAAUAGAAUAAUGGAGAUUUGCUUUAGUGUUGUUCCAUUUGAUAGUGCAGACAAGAACGCAAUGAACUGUUUAUGGCUGGUGUUGGGACCUAGUGUUAUAAAUUUAUAAGAGUAAAUAUGUUGGAAGUAUUUGUAUUAGACUCGGCAUAAGAAUGAAGUUACAAGAUACACGAUCAUUUGCUAUCUCUGUCCUAAAAUUAUCAUAGAAAUAAUGUAUUCAUAGAGUUAAAGCUAAGUUUCCCCAUUUUAUUCUUCUAUGGUUGAGAUCUUGGUCGAUUUCCAGUUCUGACCCUGAACUUGAUCUUCGUAGGUUGAUCUCCGGUUACCAAUCCCGGUUUCCCACCAUAGUGAGAAUCAAGAAAGGAUUAACCUUUUUUCCCAUAGAAGUGGUCUUCACAACUAGUAGUUGUGGAUAUGGGCAUAAUCAUUUUUGCAAGAUUGAAGUUUUGCGUCGGUGGUAAAUGACGGAAAGAAACUACCAGAUGACCUCCACUAGGCUUUGAUUAGUUACUGUCAUAAACCCUGAAAAGAAGAAGAAACCAAAGCCUUGAGUUAUCCUCUUAUGUCUUCUUUGGCGUCUGAAAACAAAAGAAAGAUCAAUGUCAAUAUACAUAAAAACUAUAUAAUAAGUUGUUAUCCGUUCCAAUUAUGUAACGAGACUAAAAUAUUCAAUCAGCUCCGUGAAGAGACCCAUUCCCCCACUUUCCUUCCUUUUGACUUUCCCCAAACAGUUGACUUUUUCCACACGUUUCCUUUAAAUCCAGUUACAACCCUUACAAUGAGAUCUUGCAGAAUCAAGAGGAUGAUCUUCUUCUUCAUCAUCCUUCUCCAAUGUCUCUCCUCUUUCACAACCGCUCAACAGCCUUAUGUCGGAACAUCAACCACCGACUGCUCCGUCACCGAUAACUCAACCUCUGUCUUCGGCUACUCUUGCAACGGCCUCAACAGAACUUGCCUCACCUACGUCAUUUUCCGGUCAACUCCUCCUUUCUCCACCGUCACAUCCAUCUCUUCCCUCUUCUCCGUCGACCCCUCUCUCCUCUCUUCCCUCAACAACGCAGCAACAACCUUCUCCACCGAUCAACAAGUCAUCAUCCCCCUAACUUGCUCCUGCUCCGGCAACUACUCCCAGUCCAAUCUCACUUACACAAUCCGACAAGGCGACUCGUACUUCCGCGUAGCGAACGACACUCUCCAGGGUCUUUCGACGUGUCAAGCCUUGGAGAGACAGAACAAUGCUUCCUCUCAGUCUCUGUUUCCCGGUAUGAGGAUCCUUGUUCCUCUCCGUUGCGCGUGUCCCACGGCGAAACAAGUGGAUGAAGAUGGCGUCAACUAUCUCGCCAGCUACACCGUUGUGUUCGGAGACACGGUGGAUGUCAUCAGCCAGAGAUUCGGCGUCGAGACGAGUAAGACUUUAGAAGCUAACCAAAUGUCUUUUGACGAUGCUGGAGUCUUCCCUUUCACCACUCUUCUUGUUCCAUUACAGAACCCUCCUUCAAAUCUCAACUCCAUGACUCCUCCUCCUCCACCUCCGUCUCCACCUCCUCCUCCGGUUUCACCAAAUGGUAAGAAACAGAAGAGAACAUGGGUUUAUGUUCUUGUCGGAAUCCUAGGAGGAGCUUUGGUUUUGAGUGUGAUAGGUGCAGCCAUGUUCUGUAUGCUUAAGACGGUCUCAAGAAAGAAACAAGAACCAGACAAUCUCGAUAGCUUCACGGCCAAGAAAACAUCAAUCUCAUAUCAAGAAUCUGACUUCGAUCCGCUAGAUGGAUUAUCAGGCAUGGUGGUUGACACCUUAAAGGUUUACAAGUUCCACGAGCUGCAAUCCGCGACGAGCGACUUCACAUCCUCCAGCUCUAUGGGAGGAUCAGGGUACAUCGGUAAAAUCAACGGCGACGGUGCAAUGAUCAAGAAAAUGGAAGGAAACGCAUCGCAAGAGAUCAACUUGCUGUCGAAGCUAAACCAUUUCAACAUCAUCCGUCUCUCUGGUUUCUGUUUCCACGAAGGAGAUUGGUACUUAGUCUAUGAACACGCUUCUAACGGAACCUUAAGCGAUUGGAUCUACGCGAAGUCGUCUCUCUUGAGCUUGACUCAGAGGUUGCAAAUCGCUUUGGAUAUAGCAACGGGGCUUAACUAUCUACACAACUUCGCAAACCCUCCUUACGUUCACAGGGAUUUAACAAGCGGAAACAUCUUUCUUGACUCCGAGUUUCGAGGAAAAAUUGGUAACUUAGGGUUAGCUAGGUCUACGGAGAGAGAUGGAGAUUACGUGUUGACCAAGCAUGUGGAAGGAACAAGAGGGUAUUUAGCUCCUGAGUAUUUGGAACAUGGGUUGGUCUCGACCAAGCUUGAUGUUUAUGCUUUUGGUGUUGUGGUCUUGGAGAUUGUUACUGGUAAGGAAGCUUCUGAGUUGAAGAAAGAGAUCGAUGGAGGUAAUGAUUUGGAGGAGUUUUUGGUUAGUGGAAGCUUCUUGCCUGAAGGGUUAGUGAGUUUUGUGGUGAGAUUGGUGAUGGAUUGUUUGAAGAGAGAUCAUUUGAAUCGUCCAUCAAUGGAUGAGAUUGUUCUGUCAUUGUCCAAGAUCUUGACGGCUUCGAAAAGCUGGGAAUCGUCUUGCUAAAUUUAAGGCCCAAUAUGUUUUAUUAGCCUUUUAGGCUGCAUGUUAACCAAAAGGAUUUUUCUUUUUGUUUGUUUUUAGAAGCUUAUGUUCUUGUAUUGGAUUUGGUCAGAAAAAUGUUGACUGGGUUUUAAGUAUGAAUUUGGUUGGCUA